UAUCAACACAUGUGAAGUGUAACUGAAUGUGUCAGGGAAUGACAGAUUAAGCCACAAAACCACCAACUGCAAGAAGACCAUUGAGAAAAGGAGCUAUUUCUCAGAGUGACCUCAGCUCACCCAUUCCCCUGUUUAUCAGACACGCUCAGUGUCAUCAUGGUCGGAAGACGGAAGUAAAAAAUGAAAAAAAGAAGAUGGGGAUGAGGAGGCUGAGCAUCUGGUAAAGUGAAGAGAGCAACGGGAAGACUCUCGAGAUGGACGAGAGAAACAGAGCAAUGAUCGUGGUUUUUCUACUUUGUGUCAUUGCAGAGAUGCCAACAGAAGGCCAGAACCUAGAUGUGUGUGCCACCUGCCAUGCAAAUGCCAUAUGUGACAACAAGUCAGGUGGCUCCGGCAAAGUUUGUAACUGCAAGUAUGGGUUUGUCGGAAAUGGAAGAACCCAUUGUCAAGAUAAGGAUGAGUGUCAAAUAGGAGCAACUAAGAUCUGUGGACAACACACCACCUGCCAUAACACUUAUGGCAGCUACUACUGUACCUGCCUGGCUGGCUACAGCCCUUCUAACAACAUGACCACCUUUAUCCCAAAUGAUGGAACCCACUGCCAGGACGUUGAUGAGUGCAGGAUCACAGGCCUUUGUGGAGAGGGAGGUCUAUGCAGGAAUCUUGACGGCAGUUUUGAGUGCAGCUGCCAGCUGGGAUAUGAAGUCCACAAUGGAGUGGAGCCCUUCAACCCUCAAAGAGACAAGGCUUCCUGCAAAGUGGUUGACUGUGGCCAGCCAGCCUCAGUGGAGGACACAGUGUUGCUGUCAGUCACAGGGACCACAUACGACAGUGUGGCCAUGUUUGUCUGUGAUGAAGGCUUUGUGUGGAGGAGUGGAGACAACAGCUCUGUGUGUGGAGCUAAUGGACUGUGGAGAGGACCCACUAUGGUCUGUGAAGAGGUUGACUGUGGCUCUCCCCCGACCCUCCCUCACUCUCAUAUGCUGUGGAAUAAGAGCACGAGGAUGGGCUCCAAGGUGCUUUAUCAGUGUAACUCUGGAUAUCAUAAUGUUGGAAAGGGCAAUGUAUCCAUCUGUAAUGCUGGUGGACAGUGGGAGAGACCGCCUGUGCUCUGUCAAGAGACUUCGUGUGGAAGUCCUCCUAUAAUUGAAUCCACUGAGCAGGUGUGGGACAGUGAUCCAACCCCUGGCAGCACUGUGCUCUAUGUUUGUAAAAAAGGCUUUUAUAACAAAGGAGGACAUAACGUAUCGAUCUGUAAUGCAAACGGUCAGUGGACUCCCCCAACUCUGUCAUGCCAAGAGAUAUUAUGUGGGGAUCCUCCUCUACUGCCUCACACUGGGCAAGUGUGGAAUGGCAGCUCCACCCCUGGAAGCACAGUGACUUACUAUUGUAAAUUAGGAUUUGAUCACAAUAGAGGAAAUAAUAUGUCACUGUGCACAAUAAAUGGUUACUGGACAAAACCAAACAUCUCAUGCAAAGAGGUUGACUGUGGUGUGCCCCCACCCAUCCCUCAUUCAGUCAUGCUGUGGGAUAAAAUCUCCACUGUGGGCUCUCAGGUUGUUUAUCAGUGUAAGUCUGGAUAUGGCAGUGUUGGAGGGAGAAAUGUAUCAGUCUGUAUUGCCAGUGGAGAAUGGGAUGGAGCCUCUCUGCUCUGUCAAGAAAUCAAUUGUCAAGAGCCUGUUUUUAAACCUCAUGCUAAAAUGCUUUGGGAUGGCACAUCACACAUUGGCAGUUUGGUGUAUUACCAAUGCGAGGAAGGAUAUUACACCAAGAGCCUGAGAAACUACUCAAGUUGUGGAGAGAAUGGACUGUGGGAGGAUAUUGAUCUAUGGUGUGAAGAAAUAAGCUGUGGCCCCCCACUAACCCUCCCCCAUACUAACCUCCUGUGGGAUGGCACCAGUAGACCGGGAAGCAUGGUGGUGUAUGAGUGCAUGGAUGGAUUUUAUCAGGAGAGUGGAAAUAAUAUUUCAACAUGUUUACAAUCAGGACAGUGGGGUGAAGUAUCAGUAAAGUGUAAAGCCAAAUGUGGCCCUGUUCCCUUCCUUGCCAAAUCAGAGGUGGCAUGGCAUAACAGGAGUGUUGUGAUCCACCGCUGUGUGGAUGGAUAUCACAGCUGGAGAGGCAGCAAUGUCUCUGUGUGUGGCAGCUCUGGAGUGUGGCAGAGAGCUACACUGAGAUGCAUAGAAAUAAAGCCACCUAUCAAUCACCUAUUUGUUGUCAAUGAAAGAUGUCUGCACUGGAGGGCAGAGAAGUAUGAGGAGGAUACAGAACAAUACAAGGUGACAUACAUAGGAUCCAGAGACUAUCAGAGGUCUUUUUAUGAUGACAGGAAGCAGUUUCUGAGCUCUAAGGCUGAUCAGCUGGAACUCUGUCUUAACCUGCUUCCAGUCACAAACUACAGCAUCUUCAUCACUGCAGUGUCUGCCAGAUUCACAGCCACUACCACCAUGAACACCAGUUUACCAGUGCCUCCAGCACCGGUUGUCUACUAUAGAGAAUUUGAGACUCCUGUACCAACUUUGAGGCUACGCAGAUCACCCAGUACACUGGACCCAAUAAGUUUGUACCAGGUGUUUGUGCUUCCUGUAGAGGGGAUUCUGGUAUUUGACUGUUCCUCCUCUGCAAGUUCAGAACCCUCAAGUGAAGUAGAGUCCACAACCAAGUAUAUCACUGCUCAGAUUGAUUUGAGACAUGUCAGGUCAGAGAUGAACUUUACUGUGGGGGAUGGACUUUACUAUGGAGGCUUCUUUAAUGCACCACUGGAGAAUGGCAGGAACUAUUAUAUCAUCUUACGAGUUGUCAGUCAGUGGAAAUCGGCUUUAAAAAGUUCUUGUGUCCUGUGGGCUAAAGUAAGAGGUACAUCAUAUGUUCUGAGGGUUUCAUCUCUGUCUGCUGUUGCAUUAAUAGGACUGGUUGUCUUGGUCAUUUCUGGUGGAUACAGUUUCUCCUGGAUUUUCAAGAGGAUAAGACGCUCCUAGUGCUGAUGUUGUCAUUUUAUUUGUCAGUGUGACAACUUAAAUGACAGUUUUGACUUCCUUUCUGUACAUUUUGUUUUGUACAUUUUGUAAAUAAUUAUAAUAAACUUUUUUUUUCACUUCA